UGUACUCCACUGGUCAAGUUUAUAGUUUCGGUCCGUUUUGAUUUGCCCCGGUCAUCAUUUCUGACGUUAUAUAAACAACUGGCGUUUCCGUACACUCCUUGACCAUUGACCAUUUUAGAUGGACCUAUACAAAGUCCGUGCAUGGUAUACACAGAACUGCGACUUGGCCGAAAACGGGAGGUAAUUCGUUUGGAUACUGUCGCAUUGACUGAUCGACUGAUCCCUCGUACUCCCGUCGCCCCUUGCUGAAUAGCAGAUAAGAUGAAUGUGAAUACGCCAGAUCUUGCUUCAAAAUACGAAUCGAUUAGCUCGAUUUAUUUACAGAAUAGAUGGCAUAAAGAAGCUUUUAAUUUGAUUGAUUUCGAGAUCAACGAUCACGUCCUCGAUGUUGGAUGUGGUACUGGUAGGGAGUGCAGGUAUAUAUCUCCAUUCGUCAACUCCGUUAUCGGAAUCGACAAGUCACGUGGAAUGAUAGAGCAAGCGAGGAAGACAAACACGGCAUUACAUAUACAAUACUUGGAAGAUGCAGCGGAAACAUUCUUUGAUCACCAUAGCGACUGGAGCGAAAGGUUCAACAAGAUUCUUUGCCUGUCAGUCUUACAUUAUUGCAAGGAUGAAAACAGAAUACUGAAUAAUAUAUUCAAAUGUCUUAAGCCAGGAGGAUCAUUCGUAAUAGGCUUUCCGUCUAAAUUCCAACUUCAUGGCGAAGGUAGUUCCUAUGGAGAAACCGCUGAUAACUGGGUCAGAAAUCAUGAGCGAUGGGGUGUUUUCCUGAAGGACUACGACUAUCAAAUCAUCCCGAGAGAGAAUAGUGAUGCAUUUAUAACAACAAUGAAAUCACUAGGUUUCAAGGUACAAUAUGUGAAGGUUCAUAAGGGGAAAUAUGUGCUAUGGAAAGAGAAAUUGAUAAAGGCUCAACUUCAAUGCCUCUUUGACCCCAUCACACAGAUCCCUUUCCAACAACAAGAUGAAUUUCUUGAUGACGUAUAUAAAUGGUUGUACGACGUCACUACCAAACGAGAAGAUGGUUAUCUUCAGGGUGAACUUGGACGAUUUGAGUACUUGAUCGCACUGGCCACCAAAGAGUGACAAAGACGAUGCUGGACGAGAAGUGAUCCUCAUUCUGUUUCUCUCAGUCCCUGCUUUAUUUUAAUCCCGCCACCAGUAUAUACCCCUGUUGUAAUUUAUUCUUUUUAAUGCAAAUAACCUUUAAAAUCAGGUGUUUGUUGAGCAAUGGGCCUGUAUGCGAGUGAAUUGGGGCGAAAUUCACAUGACUGUCGCUGAAUUUUUCAGCACUUUAUUUUUUUAAAUCUCGCUUAUGACUUGCCUGUGAAUCUACUAAAAAGUAACAUAGGCCUUCUUCAAUUAAUGACAAAAAAUCAAAAUUUGUAUAAAAAUGGCAAAAUUACAUAAUCGAAAAGAAAUUUUCGUAAUUUCAUGAAAUAUUCAAUAAUUUCUAGCUACAAAUAAUGCCCAGGAAGUUCAUCCAAUCACCUCCUACAUCGACGAUCCCCUGUCGAUUCGUGAUUGGUUUUUUUUUUUGGGG